AUGAAUAAUAUUGGUGGAUAUUGCCGAAAACUAUCUUACACUGAUCCAUGUGAUUCUGCUUCUAUGGUGUACGCUAAUGGUAGUUGCGUACAGAUCACAAAACCAGGCGAUGAGUGCAUUCAUGAUUUGCAAUGCCUCGGUGGAUCUAUUUGUACAGAUAGUUACUGUAAAUGCCCUCAGUCUACUGCAUAUUGUGACGGAUACUGUAUUGGGUCUGUAUUGUGCAAUCUAAACGAAAUAUUUCUGAAUAAUCGAUGUUUCAAACGGGUUAUACUAAAUGAAACAUGUUUCAUAAGUCAGCAGUGUCCCAAUAACGCUAUUUGUGAUUAUGCUGCACGAUGUACUUGUCUGACAGGAAUGGCGGUAGUGAACGGCCAAUGUCAACCUUCUCCGAUCAAUUAUUGCGAUGAUAUCGAAGUUAUGGUUGGUUAUCAUUUGAAUCUAACUUACUAUUAA